AUGGCUCUCAAUCCGCCGUCGCCGUCACCCUCGAUAUUCAAGAAAAAGUCGCUGAGCUCGCUCCCAUCCAUGGCAACCGCAGCGUCUUACCUUUCCGCCGUAUCAGAGGCAGAUGCACGCGCUCGACACCACGAAGUCUCCCCGACAUCGACCCCUGCGUUGUCCAUGUCUUCCUCUGUCACAUCCUCUUCAGAAGACACCGUUCUCCACGAGAACGAUCUCGACGACAGCGGCCUUGCCUAUCCCCUCACGCCCCCAACCUCUGAGCAG